UGCUUGAAAUAGUAAACUCGAGACAAGAUGAAUACAUUCAUUGUUGUAUUUAUUCAAGUGAAUCUAAACCUUGCAGUACAAAACACACAGAGAUCUGAUGGUGGAAAAUCACAUUUAGAUGUUUGGCAGAACAGGUUGAAAUUCUUCCCUCAAGAAUACUUUUUAUCGCUGGAUGAUUUACCGGAUUCGGAAAGGCUUGAAGAGACUCUGCUUUACGCUAUGCCAAAAGCUGAAAGACUUGAAGAAGAACGCCAAGAUCUUCUACAAGAUGAUCAAUUAAAAGAAUAUUAUCGCCAAGAUCUUCCACAAGAUAAUCAACCAAAAGAAUAUCAUCGCCAAGAUUUUCCACAAGAUAAUCAUCUGAAGGAAUAUCAACACCAAGAUCAUCCCAAAGAUAAUCAACUGAAAGAAUAUCAUCAGCAAGAUCUUCCUCAAAAUGAUCAACCUAAAACAUAUCACCAUCAAGAUCAUCCCAAAUAUAAUCAACUAGAACAUCAUCGCCAAGAUGAUAAACUAAAAGAAUAUCAACGCCAAGAUCUUCCAAAAAAUGAUCAUCCAAAGGAACAAAAUAGCCAAGAUCAUCCCAAAGAUAAUCAACCUACAGAAUAUCAUCCCCAAGAUCUUCUCCAAGAUGUUCAACAAAAAGAACAUCAAGGCCAAGAUCUUUCUCAAGAUGAUCAACUAAAAGAAUAUCAUCACCAAGAUCUUCCUCUAGAUAAUAGAAAUGAGGAAAUUUCUCUGGAUGUAGAAAAGCAAGGUGGCGGACCAGCCAUUGAUCCAGAAUCUGACAGACAACAACAAGAACAUGCAGCAGAAGCUGAGCAGGGCAGAGUGAAUUUACCAGAAGCUGACCGACUUCUAGAAGCUAGGAUUGUUGAUGAAGUUAAUCUGGCGGGACUAAAUAGCUUAAAAUCAUUUGGAUAUAAUGACGACCUACAAGCAGACCGCGUAGAGGAAUCAAAUAAUGUGGUCAAGAUGAACAAUUUAAACCCGGAAGAUGGUGCCUCGAUUCUUCAGGUUGGGCAGGUUAAUCAACAAGCUAAACAAGCUAAAGAGGAUUUGGGUGUUCCUCAAGGUCAAGUUGUGGUCCCAGCUGUACCACAAGGGGGCUCCUUUUCCCUAGGAGAAUUUGAUGGAGAAACUUUAGUCUACAGAGGUUUGGUCCAUCACCAUCACGGAGUUUUUAAAUUUUUAGCUUUUUCCCUUUUAUUCAUCUCAACAUAAAAAAGAGUUUGAAAGAUUUAUUUUUGGCUUCAUUGCAUAAAUGUUUAUUUAAAACUUUUUUUAAAGACUUUUUUAAGGAACCGACAUGCAUGCCAUGCCAUGACAUGCAUGCCCUGCCCCCCUUUUCAAUGGAGGGUUUGUUAAAUUAAAAAUGUAAGGACAGUUAUCAGGGCAGGUUUCAGCAAUAAGAUAGUUCGGAAUUUCUAAUCAAAAAGAAAGAGCAUCGACACCGAUCACUCCGUUUUUUAAAUUAUUGUUCUAUCUUUAAGAAUUGUAAUUUUAUGUUUUUGUUUUGUGAGGAAUAAUCAUAACUAUCAGGAAGAGGAUUAAAUGAUAAAGCAGUUUUGGGAAAAGCUGGAGAAAUAAAGGGACAGUCAGCAGAAAAUACAGGUUUAAAGGGACUGUACACGGA